GGGGAAUUUUAUUUUUUGCCCCUAUUUACUUGGUACAUCUACAAUUUGCCCUCAAUUAGUUUGAGCUUUCCUUUUUGCCACGCUUUAGUUUGGUAACCAUAUUAUUUGCCCUCUAACAGGCUGGCCCCACAAGCUAUGACGAAAAUACCCCUAGUACUAGAUCGAUCAAAGUUGAGAUGAGUUGAGAAUCCAGUCCGUGCCAUUCUUUCUCCCGUCCUUGGAACUGAGCGAAGAACAGAGCCGGUCUCAGGAACCAACUUGGCGACGGCGGCGGCGGCGGUAGUCUUCACGCAGCUCCGGCCGCCGGCAGAAAUCAACGGAAAAGGGCGAGCUCUCCCUCGCGAAGUUGAUGCAGAUGAUGGAUUUUGGAUGAUUUUCUGCCGAUAAUUGUUCAUUAUGACUGAUGUGGACGGGGGCGACGGCAUUGGUCCCGUCGACCCUGUGAUUGCAGCACCGCAAAGGGAUCCGUGUGUUUAUACAAUAACUGUUAGGGUAGAUCCUUAUGUGGCACAGUUCGAAGAUGGUAGGCAGGAAGCGGUGGAAAAGCACGAUGUUGUGUUCCAAAUUGACAUUGGCGGGCUUACAUUUGCUAAGUUCCAUGAAAUAUUGGCGGAACAUAUCCAAAUGGGGCCAGGCCAGGUGGUGCACCUUUCUGCACAUGACAAGAAUACAAUGACCAUCGAACCAAUUCUUUGUGGCGAAGAGCUUAUAAUGCAUCUUGUAGGAAAUUAUAGAGACUUUGAGAACAAAGUUUCGUUUAUGUAUGGUGAGGUAAUUACAUUGGAGAAAACUAAUGCAAAGAAAGCUGGCAGGAAGAGAGCUCCAAAAAAAACACCCGCUCCCAAAAAGCCACGCGCUCCUAAAAAGCCACGUGCUCCAAAAAAGCCACCAGCCCCCAAAAAAUCUACUAAAGAGACAACUCCAAAUUCUGUGGAUUGCAGUGCUACCUCAUCUGUAGUUGUGGACAAUGUCCCAUUGUCUGCUUAUGAGAUGGGGAGGACAAUGGGUAGUCAAUACCGUGUUGACGAUGCAGAAUUCUCUUCCAUUGAAGAUGAGAUGCAACCCGCUGAGCAAUCAGAAACUUGUUGCCAAGUGAAUGACAGCAAUGAUAUGCGUGUGUCAUCUAUGGUGUUUGGUUUAGAAGCACCUAUUGAUUGGAGCCUCAUUGAGAUAGCUCCUCCUGAAGAAGAUAAUGUUGAUAUUCCCAUAUCCGAAGAUAAUAUGUGUAAUAUGCUUGGUAUCGAGGAUGAUGCUGAGCUGCCUGAACCACCUCCUCCUCCACCCUCUGAAACCGUGUACAUGACAGAUGAAGAGGAUCGGCAGCUCUUUAUUGAUGCAGCCAUACCUGUUGAUGAUAGAGUACCGGUAGAAGAGGAGAUAUUCUAUGACAAAGAGAACCCUUCGAUGUACUUGGGUGCUUUGUUUCCUUCGAUGGAAGAUUUCAGGAUGGCUAUCAAACAAUAUGCUAUUAAAAAAGAGAUCGAAAUUUGGGGUUCUAAAAGUGACAAAACAAGAUAUCUUGGGCAAUGCAUGGCCGAAGGUUGCCCAUGGAGGAUAACAGCUCGUCUCCGAGCCGAUGGGAAGACCAUAAGGAUUACCAAGAUAUCUUUGAAACACAAGUGCUCUUCUACCAGUAAGGUCACAAGCAUCAUGGCAACUCAAGGAUGGGUAGCAAGCAAGGCAAUUAGCAUACUUCAGAAUGAACCUACCAUUGGGUGCAAGGAGUUGCAAGAGAAGCUAGAAGAAAGGUAUGGCUUGACACUUGAGUAUCAAACCGUGUGGAAGGGGAAAGAAAGAGCAGAGAGGGAGAUUUAUGGUAGCAUGAAGCAGAGUUUUCAGUAUUUGUUUAACUUCAAAGCAGAAGUUGAGUUGAGAUCCCCAGGCAGCAUUGUAGAGGUGGAUGUGAAGAAAGUUGACGGUAAAAUUCAUUUCAACCGAUUCUUUAUGGCUCUUAAGCCUUGCAUUGAUGGCUUUCUCGCUGGCUGUAGACCUUAUCUUAGCAUAGACUCAACCGCCCUCAACGGAAGGUGGAGAGGUCACCUAGCUUCUUGUACAGCAUUAGAUGGUCAUAAUUGGAUGUUCCCUGUAGCAAUUGCAUUCAUCGAUUCUGAAACUGAAGAAAAUUGGACAUGGUUCAUGUCACAACUCAGCAAAGCAUUAGGCCCAGUUUCCCCUCUAGCUAUAUGUACAGAUGCAUGUAAAGGCUUGGAUUCUUGAUAUGUGCAAGGAACCCCAAUUGGGAAGACUAUGUUGACAAUUACUUCUCGCUGGACAUGUUUAGGGCAGCUUAUGCAGGAGAGAUUGAGCCAUUGACAGAUAGGUCUCAAUGGCCUCAUGUUGACAUGGACUUUGAUAUGCAGGCUCCAAUUGACAAGCCUAGAGGUAGUGGUAGGCCUAGAAAAUUAAGGUUUAAGGGGUUCCUCGAGGGUGGAGACGGCGGGCCUAAGAAGAAGAAAGAGCCUAAGCGCUUAGGCAGCCAAAACAGGUGCAAACGAUGCAACGAAUUAGGCCACAGGCAAUCUACAUGCCAUUUGAAUGGUCCCAAACCAAGGAAACGAAAGAAAAGGGCAAGAAGAUAUCCAAGUGAUGAUGAGGACACUCAUGAUCCUCAAAAUGUUGAAAACACUCCUAAUAGGCAAAUGAUCACCAUUCCCGCAAGUUUGCAAGGUAGUCCCAGUCCUAUCACAAGGAGGAGGUUGGCUAUUGCAUUGGCAGAAGAGGAGGCGUUGCAACAGUCCCAGGUAGCUGCAUCAACCAUGGACCCAAUGACGAUGACCAUUCCUUCAAGUCUUCAAGGCAGCCCCAGUCCUAUCACAAGGCGCAGGUUGGCUAUUGCCUUGGCCGAGGAGCCGUCUCAGCUAGCUGCGCCUACUUUGGGCACAAUGAUGAUGGGCGUUGACAUGUAUUCAACCCCAAAAGCUAGAAAGUUAACCCCAAAGAGAAAGAAAAUGGCUUAGUCAUGUAUCUCUGUCUUUUGUGUAGUAAUAUGCUAGACCUUUAUGUCGAUAUUUUGUGUUGUAAUAUGCCAACUUUGGGAUGUAAUACUUUGAACUACUAACAUCCUGCUAUUUCCUCUAUGUUAUUUACUACUUUUGAUUUGCAUAAUGUGCAAACUGUCA